AGUCUCGGUCGUCCAGGAGGCGGCCCCGUCUCCGUAGCAACGGGAAUGUUGAGGCGAUGGCUUGAGGGGGGAAUGAAGGCGAUGCCUCAGGUAGGCCGCGGAUGGCGGCGGAGGCGGCUUUGCGAGUGCGAGGCCGCGGAGCCUCCCUCAGAGAGGCCUCAAAGGAGCUCCUUGACAACAGCCAAAAAAACAACACAACCCACAUCGACUUUGUAAACCUAGGGAGGCGCCCGGCUCUUCAAGGGGAUGAGCAGCAGAGAAAGUCAUUGCUGCUUGAGGAAGAAAAUGGGAUCUUCACCAUUGAGGACUUGGAAGAAAGCUUACGAAAACUGAAGGUUCAGGUGGACAGCUUAGCCGCCGGUCUAACUGUCCAUCCAGAUCGAGAUUACACUUCUCUGGACCAGGUGGCUGACCCAAGUCCCUUAAAUUCCAAAUGGUACCCAUCAGGGUCACACACUGAGACGGAAUGGUUACUGAAAGCAAAACAUCCUGCGAGAUCUUUAGACGAUAACUUGAAUUUGAUGGGUUUGGCCCUUCCAACCCUAAAUUCAUCCCCACUAAACGAAACUUCAGGUUUAUUUGGCCCUCUGAGUCCGAACUCUCCCGCCUUAGGGGACCUUUCUGUCCCAUUGAAACUCGGGGCCCCUCAUGUGAUUGGGGUCAAGUCUUUGCUGCCCCCCAAGUUUCCAGUCCGAGCUUGCUUGCCAGAAAGGUCCUCGUUCACAUUCCGCAGAGGCCGUUCGCUUAGUCACUCUGAGGUUACCCGCUCCUGCUCCUUCUCUCCGGAUGCCAAACGUCCGCGCUGGUUCCGAUCGCGGUCUCAGUCUCCGAGGCCUAUCUGGAGACCCACCUCGGCUAAGGCUAAUGCCUGCGCCCAGCCUCCGCCUCAGCUGGGGAAGCCCAGGGGAGUCAGAAAGAAAAGCACAUCAAGCAGACAAUCGCGGCUGAGGUUCUUCAGGCCAGGAACAUUAGCAUCGAAAACCUGGACUUCCACUAAGGCAGUUGGACAGAGGGCACCGAGGGAAUCUUGGAGUCCUUACAGUUUGGCUUCUUCCGAUAUCUCUUCGCCCACCGCAGAGGAGAUCAACAAGCGCUUCCUGCAGACGCUUUCCGAAAGCACGAUGGGGAGAGACCUGAUUGAAAUGUCUCCCUACCAGAGAGAGCUGGCUCGUCUCCGACUCGAGCGCCUGCGUGUGGAAGAAGGCUGGCUGCUGGAAUUAAAGAGGCAGCAGGAAUUGGAACGAACCCGUGGCCCCAGGCCCAAGUGGUACGAAAUGAGGGACUCUCAGUUCCACUACGAAGCCCACAAGAACAACAAACUUCUGAGAAGCAGCCCAGAGAUACAGUCGGUCUUUGAUUAUAGGGAGGCUCUAUCAAGAGCAUCGAAAGAGUUCCAGCAGAAGCCCACUUCCACCUCCCUCAAGGCCUUCUGGUAAAAGAGCCGAAGGAGACAUCGGACAUCAGAGGAGACAGAAGAAAGGCAGGUCAGGCUCAGCAGGGCCUUCCUCUAUUCCCAGUGAAUGAUGGCUUGUUUUGGGGGAGGUGGGGGGAUGGCGGUGUGAUUCCGAGUGUCCAGCCCAGUCAUUUUGAUGCCUUGUUCUUAAUCACUCAGAGCUGAUUUAAACUUUGAGAAGUGCCACAGGACAGGGCCUCUUUAGUGAAAUGAAAUGAGCAAAAAUUCCUUGCUAGAGAAAGAGGUAACUGGAUAUCCUGCUUUACUGGGGAGAAUUACGCAAAACAUCCGACAUCUCUGCGUCAAAGGCGGUGUGGGCUGUUUUCUGGCUUGGCGUGUGCCGAUUUGGUGUGCGUGCGUGUGUGCCUUUUUGCGAGACACAAUUUGAUUGUUAUUUGCCUGCAGCCUCAAAGUAGUUCAGCAAAGGACACUCCCUUUGGAUUUUCUCUCGUUUGCUUUAACUUUUUGAUUGGGAGGGCACUGUGAAUUUAAAAAAAAAAAAACUUGAUUGAGAAAAUCUUCUUUGGCUCAAGCAAAAAAUAAAAGGUAAAUAUUACACUAGAGGAAAAAACUGAGCAUGUACGUUUUCCAUCUUUUAUUAAAUGCUUUUAUACUUGGUGGCUUUCGUAUUUCGGUGUAAUAGUUUUUAAUAUUUUUUUGAGGUUUGUUUAAUUCUUAGACUUGCAGAGAGAAGAUAUCUAAUUUGUUACUGACGUGUCAGAAGGGUUCUAGAUAUAUGUAUCUCUUUUAUUGAAGCACUCACUUUUAUGACUGGCUCACAAGCAUUUUGGUAUCGUCCUUGGUGAGUAACUGCAGAAACUAUAUGACAUGGACCAGGGAAUCAAAACCAUCUCCCUACCAACACAAAUUAUUCUAUGAUGAAUUAUCCUCAUUGAUCAGUCAUGCCCUUGCCGUGAAUUUGUGAGUGAAAAAACAAAGGCAGCUUGCGUUAAUAGAGACGAUUCCUUCGAAACGGCUAUUCGAACCAGCUUUCCCAAACGUCUUUGCACAAUUAUGGAAUCUUUUAUCCAAUUACCUAGAGGUAAUCUUUUAUAACAGGGGUGUCAAACUCAAGGCCCGAGGGUCGGAUCCAGCCCGCGGGGUGCUUAGAUCUGGCCCGUGGGGCUGCCCUGGAAACAGCAAAGGACCGGCCCACGGUGGCUCUGCCAGUGAAAAUGGAGCUCGGGAGCCCGUUUUCGCUGGCAGAGCACUCGGGCCACCACAGGCGCCCCGAUACGAGUGAUGUUGAACUGGCCACCCCCACCCUAGGCCCCCAAGGUCAAACACAACCCUGAUGCGGCCCUCAAUUAAAUCAAGUUUGACACCCCUGCCUUAUAACCUAAUAGGAUAGAAGUCCUGAGUACAUACGUUCCGAAACAUUUGCAUUUUAUCCUGUUUCCUACUUAACAAUUUGCCGGUUGACAAGAAAUUCCAUACUGGCCAAGGAUGGAUAUUUCUUUUCUGCCAAUCAGUUUUGUUUGUAGAAGCUUUCUUAUUUACUAGCGCUCUCUGUGGAAUGGUAUUUCUUUUUUUUAUCAUUAUUUUUCAAACUUGGAGAUUUCUAAACUGGUCUUCUACAUUCGCUGUACAGACGUCAUUACACUGACAAUUUCCUAGCAAGCUAAUUCCAAAUACAGACUUGACCAGCCAAUCAACAGAUCUCUUCCCUCC